UUUAUUUACUUUUGAUAGAUAAAAUAUGAUACCUCCAUUAGAUCAAGCAGAGAUUGGUUUAUUUUCUUUCUUUGCUUCUGCACAUCCGACAGAUACGUGCGGCACCAAUGGAUUACCUGUCACACCAAACUCCAUCAAGAUGUGUGGAAGGUUCCAGGAACUGAAAGUGUUAUCUCACCCUUCUCUCUGUCAGUAUAUUGAUGUCAUUCGAGGGAAACAUGAGAGGUUAGUAAUUGUCAGUGAACAUUACCCCAAAAAUGUGAACACUUUACUAGAAAGUGGACAAUUAGCUAAUGUGUUUGACGUGCAAAGAAUUGCACACAGUAUCAUGGUGGGCUUAGAUUUUCUACAUUGCCAUGGUUACAUUCAUCGUUCUUUGGCUCCCAGCAACAUUUUAAUUGAUAAAGAAAAUCGCGUAAAAUUGUCUAAAUAUGGUCUGUAUCACGUGACCAACUAUAGUGCUGACGUCAUGUUUCCUAUUGGUGAUGUUUGUUAUAUGGCACCUGAGGUGAUAUUAACAGGAUUACGAUACAAUCCUGAUUUUGCGCAUUCUAGACCUUCCGUAGAUGUGUGGUCACUGGGUAUGAUUUUGUUGGAUUGUUACUUGGAAGGGAAGUUAUGGGGAAAAAUUCGAAAAUCCGUUGAGAAAAUAUCUAUGAUUUUGCUGAACUUGAUUUCCUUUCGAGAUAACACGCAUGCAUUAGAAGAGAUUAUUAAAGUGAGUGGUUGUACAACCAAGUACAAAGAGAUGGACAAAACAUUCCACUCUUUUCUCAGGACGUGUUUAAUCGCCAAUCCAAUGAAACGCCCUUCCGUACACGAUCUGUUUGCGCAUGAUUUUAUAAAAUCUAUCCAUGACCACCGCUCUCACAAUCGUUCUAAAUGUCAUCAAUUUCCUGCUGUUUUUCGGUCCGCUCAUUUAGUGUUACCGGAUUAUAACAAAUUGUUACUCGAAUCAAACACAGCUGAAGAUGAAGACCAUUUAGCCGGCAGGCCGAUUUGCGAGGUGUAUCAUCUGUGGGGCUUAGCUGGAGGUGAUGUGUUCAACGAAUUAAAAAAACAUAAUCAACUAAACUCUAAGCCGCCUGCCUUAACCUUACCGUUAACUAUAUUAAACAACGGAGGAGAACUUGGUAGCGUUGACGACGACUCCUUCGUGUUUAAUCAACACACCGUGGCGAUAUCACUCGGCCAAUUACGCAAACGUUUAGAACAUAUAGAUGCGACUGCAUACUACCCGCUAGUUGUUGAAGACGAUCUGUGUCCAGUGGAUACGUCGGAAACGGCCAAACUUCCUCUGGUGAUUCGAGAGAAAGACGUAGAGUAUCAAUUCCAUCGCAUUAUCUUGUUUGAACGUCUUUUAGAAGGUUACCCGUAUACACGGGAUCGUAUCGUGAAAGAAGCGCGAAUUGACAUUCCACCUUACGUUCGUGGCAAGGUAUGGACUGCCCUUUUAAAUAUUACCGGGGACAUAUUCGACGAAUACGAUAAAAUCGAUAAAGAAUCGUUGACGAUGACGGAUCGACAAAUUGAGGUUGAUAUACCACGAUGUCACCAAUACAACUAUUUGCUGUCCUCGCCCACCGGUCACCAGAAGUUGAAGCGUGUUUUGAAGGCCUGGGUAUUAUCACAUCCUAACCUUGUGUACUGGCAAGGACUGGAUUCGCUUUGUGCUCCAUUUCUGUUUCUUCAUUUUAAUAACGAAGCGCUAGCUUAUUCCUGCUUGUCUGCUUUCAUACCAAAAUAUUUAUACAACUUUUUUCUGAAGGACAACUCUCAAAUCAUACACGAAUAUUUAGCUGUAUUUAAGCAACUUAUUGCUUUCCACGAACCGGACUUGUAUAACCAUUUGGAUGAGAUUGGGUUCCAGCCAGAGUUGUACGCCAUUCCAUGGUUUUUGACUAUGUUCUCCCACGUGUUUCCGUUGCAUAAAAUCUUCCACUUGUGGGAUACGUUAUUACUGGGAAAUUCUAUGCUUCCGCUCUGCAUAGGAGUGUCAAUCUUGCAGCAAUUUAAGGAACAAUUGUUAUCGUUCGGCUUUAACGAUUGCAUUUUGCUGUUUUCGGAUAUGCCUGGUAUAGACAUUGGACGUUGUGUAAAAGAUGCCAUCAAAGUUUUUAACCACACGCCUCCCAGUGCCACGUUAAGAAAACAGGAUAAUCCUGAAAAUCGCAUAAAAGCACCCGCGGAGGAACAGUUCAUGAAUCUGCCAGAGAAAGAAUUUUUAACGUUAAAUCAAUUAAGAUCAGAGACGUGUGUUCGAAUUUCACCACGUGAUCUUGUUCGUAUUUCUCAAUUAAUUCGACAGACUGAUUCGUAUCCUAUGCUAUCACGCGAUUCAAAUGCCAAAUUCGAGCAAAAAGAAUCGAAAAAGAAACAAAAGAAUGAUCGUUCGAAAGCCAUCGAGAGCAUUUUAAAUAAACUUUUAGUGAUCGAUAUAAGAAACCCUGAUGACUAUGCUGCUGGACAUUUGCCAUACAGUGUCAAUGUGCCGUUUAAACACGCUGUGAGUGAGACUCGCGAAUGGAUCUCCUCCCCAGUGACUGCUGUUAUCGAGGCGCACAAAGGUCGCAUGGUGAUGGUUAUGGGAGCUAAAGGUCCGGAACCGAUGCAGUUUGCGCAACUGUUAGUUUCUCUGGGUUAUCGGCGAGUUUGUGUGAUGGAUGGCACGAUAAAUAUUUUGAAAGGUCUUGGUUACUUGAAUGCAAACCAAAACUGAAUGAAGGACCAAACAAUAUUGACCAAUUUUUAUCAGCCAUUCUUUUCGUUUGCUUGUAAAAAUUUUAUCACAUAGCCGACGAAUAGUUUAGCCUAAUAUAAUUUUUUUGAGAAUUUUGAUGCAAUUAUAGGCAAAUAGAAGAGUGGAAAAAUUGUCAGUUUUAUAAAUAUAGAAACUGACCAAUCAGGGCGUUGUUUCGAUAGAUAUUUUGAUUUAGGUAGAUAUUUCUCGCAAUGCUGAUUUCGUAUUUUAGUUUUUUACUUAUUUUUUUAUCUCGUGAUUUGUACUGAAAACGUGCUACAAGGUUCCAUGUUUGUGAAUAAUCAAGCCUCUUCUGUUAAAAACAUUUGGAUUAAACGAGGCAACACGAUAUCUUGUCUCGUUUACUCGUACGAAGUGUUAGUAUAACGUGUUACAAGAAAUUUGACAGGGUGUUACUACAAACAACAAGUCAUUUUGUAUUUAUAGGAAAAUUGGUUUUCUAUGAUAAAAAAAAAAUCUUUUUCAAACUGUUCAAUGCAGAUGAAUUUUUUGUUCUUUCAAACUUAGAAAUUUUCAGAAAUUGCGGAAGUUAUUUUCUCGAUGGUUCUCCUGCUGAACUAAAAAUGCUGAACUAAAGUUUCAAAGAAUUAGUUGCAAAGAAUCUGUAACUUUAUUUUGUAUUUUGAAUAUUUUUGAGAAAAAUGAUAACAAGAAGGCUAGACAUAUCACAACAAAAAUUUAACAUCAAUAAUAACACUGCGCGUUUUACUUAUCGCUUGAACGCGUAAUAUUGUGAUUCAAUGAAUUUAAAAAGUUUUGUAGAAUUUAUUUUCGCAAUUGAGAAAAUUUGCGUGCUUUUACCGAUGUUUUCUAUUGACAAAUUUGAGAACAGGGUUUAUAAAAGCAACAAUUCUGAACUUUACUUAAAUCUGGAUUUUUUUCUCGAAGAUAUUUUAAUAAGAAUUUACUCCCUGUUCCCAUGAAAUAGAAAAUUAUAUCAACCAAUCACAUGUGAAAAAUCUAAAUUUUUCGUUUCGAUUCAUUUAGAGAGAAAAUUCUGCUUUACACGUUGUGUUAUAAGAAACUCGUACCCAGGUUUUUUAUAAAACAGUCUAACUCCUGUGAAAAUACUAGAAGGUUUUAGCACUGUGACCAUUUGAGACUUUCUUAUAAAAAACUUUUAUAUUUUUAUUAAUUAGCUAUCUGUUGUUUAUGUUUUGGUAAUUUUUUUCUGUCAUCUCAAACACUCCUUAUUAGUUGCGGUGACAUGUUUAUAUUUUGUGGUGUAUUUUCAAUAAGGUGUUUGUUCAAAGUGCUGUGUUUGUGUACAUGAACCCAGUUGUCGGUGACUAAGCUCUCUCAGUGUCGCGCAAAUCCAGUGAAAUUGUAUAUCACAAAAAGACAAUAAAAACAGGUUUAAAGCAAUUGAUCUGUUUAAAAUUAUAAUUAAAACUUGUAAUAUUAUUUUCUGUAAAUUUUCACGGCUGUAAAAGAAAAA